AAUUCCAGAUGAUACCCAAGAAAAGUCGAAUGAACAGGGAAAUGCUACUCCAACAAUGCCUGUUAUGGGGGGCUCUGAAGAAAAUCUCACACAGUUCGAUAUUGAAGUUUCACAGUUUAAAAUUUGGGCUAGAUCUGAUUUGGAGCGAAAGGUGAAAGAGCUGCAAGAGGAAAAGAGCAUGCCAGAACCAUCACAGACUGAAAAGGCUGAACUCCAACAAACAGCAGCGACACAAGUUCUGGGUAAUAUUGAAGUGGAAAUUGGUUCUCUUAGAGAUAGACAGGGUGCAUCGCUUGAAGAAAUGUUGCCGAAUAUGCAGUUUAUGCCUUUGGUUUGUGAGCUGCCGAGUCUCAAAGAACUGCAUACCGUGCCGAUGGAGAAACUGAUUGACCUGGCCAUCCAUGGGAAGGGUAUUUAUACCGAUGAGUACUCAAAAUAUCUACAAGCUGAAAUUAUGGGAGAUCCUUAUCCAUCCUUAGGAAUUCUUAGUCUGGAGUACCCGUCGACUGGUAGUUUACCAAGCUUGGAAAAAAUGGAAUCUUCUCAAAUCUUCGACAAAUUUUAUGCUAAAGAUCUGGAUCCUCCAUCACAAGUUUCAAGACCAACUUUUGACUUGGGUUUAGGACCAAGUGAUCAAAAUGGAGAAGAGGUGCAGCAGCCUGCAAUUGAUCUAGCCUCUGCAAUUGUUUUAGCUGCAGCUGAAAAAGCUCGUUUGAAAGCUGAUCUUCAGCAACCUGAACAAGAAGGAAUAAGGAAACCUUGGGAUCCCAUUCCAUUCAAUGAAGUAGAAAGGAAGAAGAAAAUGAAGAAUGACAGAAAGCAACAGCCUACUAAAAAAUUAGAGAGUCUUAAGUAUCCAGUUUUAGAUGCUGAAAAGGCAGAGGAAGCUCGACUGAAGAAGAAUAUGAGCGCCGAAAAAGCUAAAGCAUAUGCUGAGACUCUCCAACUUCUUUCUGAGCUACAGAAGGAUAACGAACCUGGAGUUAGUCAAACAUCAGAGGAAGAUGACGUAACACUUGCCAAGAGACUCGAAGAUAGGCUGGCUACAAAGAGUAAUGAAGUCAAACCAAUAGCGAAGUCGACCACGUCAGUCAUGGACAAGGAGAAGAAAAAGCCGACUAUCUCAGCCAAGGAGAAGAAACUUACUCCAAAAAUCACAUACACCCCUCAGAAGCCAGUAACUCGGAGCCACCCGCAGAAAAGAGUUGAUCCUGAGUUUGCUAGUGGCAAAGGACUGUCGGGACAUAAAAGGCGAAAAACAAAGUCCAGAACUGAAAACCCAGUUGGAAAAGAUUGCCCAACAGAGAAAGUUCAGAAAAAGGAUAGCGAGAAUGUGAGAAAGAGAAAAGCUAAAGGUGAUCCAAAUCUGCAAGAACUUACUAAAAAAGUGAAGAAUGCACGCAAGUUGUUGAGCCUAAGGAAAUCUCCGUUCUAUAAGGAUUUGAGUUCACAACAAAGAGCGCUUCUCUCUCCUUUUUUUGACAAAGCUACCUCAAUCAACAGUGCUUGGAAAGCUCCUGCUGUGAUUGGUCAUCACAUAUUAUCUGCAGAGACCUUUGAAGAUCUGCUACAUAACAGGGCUUUAGAGGGAGAUCUUAUAAAUUACUGGCAAUACCAACUGAAAAAAGCAUAUCAUAAUGAGCAACCAGUGAAUGGACAGAGAAAGUACAUUCCAGUACUCCACAUUGAUCCAACAGGCUGGUUUUAUUUAAGUGACCCAGUACAUCAAGUAGCAGCAAACACUGCUGUAUUCUUACCCAUCAGGAAUAUGGAGGAAGGAACCAGGAAGAUUAUUAUUCCAAUGUCACACCAAAACGUGCAUUGGACGCUUCUUGUGUAUGAAUGCGAGAAAGGCGAAUUCUUCCACUACAACACUUGGGAAGCUGUAUCCAAAAAUGAGUGUCUCGAUAAUGCUAAUCUUAUGGCAGAAUACUGCUUGUUAGCAAUUAAUGAACGCUUGUCGAGCCUGCGCCUUCCACUUGUAAGCAGAGUAAAGAUGAUUAGUUACCCAACACCUCAACAGGGAGACUAUCCAGAUUGUGCAAUAUAUAUCAUGCACAUCAUGAAGAAAGUUGCAAAGGAGGAAGUAAUUGAUGGAGUGCGAAUGAGCUUGGGAGACCCAGAAGAACUAAAGGACAAAAUACAUAAGAAGAGGAUCUCUUUAGCAUGCAAAAUACUCUCAGCAACAUCUCCUCCUGAGGAGAGCUGGAAUAUUCAUGCUCCAAAAGGUUUUUAAGACAGUGCUUAUAUGAAUU